CAGUGAGGGUCUCCAAACCCUCACUUGACCCAGGCCGAGCGCACUGAUGGGACCUUUCCGUUUGCGAUAACUAUCUGCAGUUUAAAGUUUCUGCAAAUUCCUUGAAUAUCCGGGCAAAUUAACGUCGCAGCUAAGGUUCAAAACGGAGGCCGACUGGUGUCAUGGCCCUCUCAGGGACGCUCCUCCUGUGUCUACUCCAGGCUGCUGCCUCACAGCUAGUACCUCGAGGUCCCAGACCCAUCCCAGGCCGAGGGGACGACCCUUAUAUCAGCCCCACACCGCCACCACGGCCAAUUCUGCCCCCAAACCCUCAAGGUUGUGAGAGAGAGAUUGACUGUCCCAUUCGCGUGUACUUCACCAUCGACACUUCAGAAACCAUCGCGUUGCAAGAGUCUCCCCCUGGACAACUGUUCGAAAGCAUUAGAGAAUUCACCAAGAUUUUUGCACAGAGGCUGGAUGAGGAGAACUACAGGGGUCAAAUCAGGAUUACGUGGACUAUUGGCGGCUUGCACUACUCUCAAACUCAGGAAGUCUUCAGCGCAUUCACCACCAAAACCAACUUCAUUAGGAGCCUCAGCAGAAUCAACUACCUGGGGAAGGGCACUUACACGGACUGUGCGCUCAAAAACAUGACGUAUCACAUGACCCAGCAAUACCAUGAUACAAAGGUGGUCCGCUUCUCUGUAGUGAUCACCGAUGGUCAUGUGACUGGGAAUCCCUGUGGGGGCAUCAAGGUCAUGGCAGAUAAAGCUCGGGAGGAGGGUAUCCAGAUAUUUUCUGUGGCAGCGUCCAGGGUCAUCGAUGAAUUGGGGAUGAGGGAAAUCGCCAGCUCGCCCACGGAUGUCUACAGGGAUGACUUCAUCGCAGUCGAUAUAGUGAACGGGCGGCCGACGAUCAUGACUUCCACUAUUGAUCAGAUUAUAAAAACUAUGAAAUAUCAAGCAUAUUUACAGUGCUAUAAAACUACAUGUUAUGAGACUCCUGGACCCCCAGGUGCAAAAGGAUUCAGAGGCCUUAAGGGAAUUAAAGGAGGCCGGGGUUUUGUUGGACCAAAAGGUGAAAAGGGCCGACAGGGAGAUCCCGGCAUCGAGGGUCCCAUAGGACGCCCUGGACCAAAGGGAGGAGGAGGUCCUAAAGGCGACAAAGGGGACACUGGAGCAUUAGGAACAAAGGGAACAGGAGGACUUCCAGGCAGAAGCGGGACUGAUGGACAAAAGGGUAAACUUGGCCGCAUUGGAGCUCCAGGCUGUAAAGGGGAUUCAGGAGACAAGGGGCCAGAUGGUUAUACUGGAGAUGUGGGUGACUCAGGACAACCAGGUGACAAAGGUGACAAGGGUGAAACUGGAUCUCCAGGAAAGUCAGGUCCUCCAGGCUCAACGGGUGAACCAGGAUCAAAGGGUGAAAGAGGAAAUCCUGGCAACCCAGGGGAGCAAGGGCUAAAGGGCCGAAAGGGGGCUAGUGGGCUACCCGGUCAGAAAGGAGAACAGGGGAGAAGCGGAGGUCCUGGUCCAAAGGGUACAAAAGGACAGGAUGGACCAAAUGGAGAAAAGGGUGAUCGAGGACCACCUGGAAGCAGCGGUCGACCUGGGGAAGAUGGGCUGAAGGGGGCAAAGGGUGAAAUAGGCCUUCCCGGUCCAAGAGGCCCACCAGGGGAAGUAGGGGGUCCGGGAUUAAAGGGCAAUGUGGGUGAUCCUGGAGAUCCGGGGCCAAGGGGAGAACCAGGACCCCAAGGACCAAUAGGUGAAAAAGGCAGGCAAGGAUUCAGCUUCUCUGGACCGAGAGGACCAACAGGAGAGAAAGGUGAUCCAGGCAGAAAAGGCCCCAGAGGUGGUAGAGGUCAAUGUGGUGCCAAAGGAGAGGCUGGAACAAAAGGAGUGCCCGGAGAGCCUGGGGAACCUGGUGAACCAGGUCAUCCAGGACCGAGAGGACCCAGAGGGGAGCCAGGUUCUGAUGGGGAGCCUGGACCAAUGGGAGACCCUGGGCUCACUGAGUGUGAUGUCAUGACAUACAUCAGAGAGACAUGUGGCUGUUGUGAUUGUGAAAAGCACUGUGGAGCCCUGGACAUAGUAUUUGUCAUUGAUAGUUCAGAAAGUGUUGGACAGACCAAUUUCACCCUAGAAAAGAACUUUGUAAUCAACACCAUGAACAGACUGGGAUCUAUGGCCAGUGACCCCACAUCAGCUACAGGUACAAGAGUUGGAGUUGUACAGUACAGUCAUAAUGGCACCUUUGAAGCCAUCCGCCUUGACGACCCAAACAUUAACUCCAUCUCAGCUUUCAAAAUGGCCGUGAAGAAGCUGGAGUGGAUCGCGGGAGGGACAUUCACCCCCUCAGCGCUGAAAUUUGCCUAUGAUACCCUGAUUCGCAACAGCAAGAGAGAGCGCUCCAAAGUGUCCAUGGUGGUGAUCACAGAUGGAAGAUUUGAUCCACGAGACGAUGACAAUCUGUUGAAUUAUAUUUGCAGUGAUGCUAAAGUGGAAGUGAACGCGAUUGGGGUCGGAGACAUGUUCGGCAAGAUGCAGCAGACUGAAACGCUCUUGUCUAUAGCAUGCAAUAACAAAAAGAGAGUCACUGAGAUGAGGCGUUAUGCGGACCUCAUGGCUGAGGACUUCAUUGACAAAGUAGAGACUUGGAUUUGUCCAGAGCCUAUUACUGUGUGCCCGGACCUUCCCUGUAAACAAGAGCCUGAUGUGGCUCCAUGUACAAACCGGCCUGUAGAUCUGGUCUUUCUUCUGGAUGGGUCUGAAAGGCUGGGGAAUGAAAACUUCCGUCAUGUCGGUGAACUUGUGCAAAGGGUUGCUGACAGUCUGGGCCUUGCGCGGAGUAAAAUUGACCGUAUGCGAGCGCGUGUGGCUCUAGUGCAGUUUGGCAAAGAAAGAGAGCACACCAUUGCUUUUCCUCUCACUCAUGACCCUACCUUGAUCUCUGCUGGCCUGGAAGGUUUACGUUAUCUGGACUCUUCCUCCGACAUAGGCUCUGCCAUCCUUUACACAAUAGACAAUAUACUCCGCCCGGGAGAAAUAAGGCGCUUUGCAGAACUCUCAUUUGUUUUCAUAACUGAUGGAGUCACAGCCAGUGAAAGUUUGGAGGAGGCCGUCAGUGCCAUGCGAAGGGCACAUGUGGUCUCCACAGUGAUUGCAACAAGGGGUGAUGUCGACCAGGCGGUCUUGCAGAAGCUAGUCAUGGGUGACCAGGAUGCCAUCUUUCAAGGGCAAGAAUUUUCAAGUCUCUCCCAGUCAUCAUUGCUCAACAAGUUCAUUAGAUGGGUUUGUUAGAGGAAAAAGUCAAUUGCAAAGGACUUACUGAUGAUAUUGUUGCUAAUGUGUUAUCAUUAUGUUACUGCACUGUAUGAUUUGCACUUGAGACAAAUACAUUUACAUAUUCAUGAGAAAAAUCAAAGAAAAACAAGUCUAAUCAUUUGACAA